GAAAUAAAAGUGCAUACCAAACAUUCCAAUCCUCUGAUUUCAAAAGAAGACGACGAGGUUACAGAGAGAGGUUCGAGGAGAGGAUUUCAUUUCACUGUGAAGCUUUGUAUUACUACGCUUACUCUUCACAUCUCUCAACAAAUCUCCAGAUUGAGGCAAGGAAUAUGAUUCAACCCUAAUUUCAAGCAAACUUCCCCUCCCUCUCUCUCACUUUGAAAGUAUCGGAGAUUACAGUUUUCACUCUCACAAUCGAAAGACGAAACCCAUACUAAAAUGGCGAAUCACCGACGCAAUCCGACGACCGAUGAAGACAAUGCUAUGUUUCUUGAUAUACUGCAUGAAGCUCCUCUAUUCGGUCAUCGAGAAUCUAGAAGUCUUGUUGGAAGUUGCAUUUACCUUAUCAUAUUGGCAGGUUAUGCUAUUUUAGCAGCAGGAGCGCCGUGGAUACUGCAGCCUGUACAGUCUCUUAUCCCAUCACUGCUUUGCAGCUGCAAUGUUGCCCUAUUAAUGUUAACAGGUAUGUUUCAGCAAUAUUUUGUCAAUCAGGUCCAGAAAAUACGCUUGCAGGGUUAUUAUAGUUUCAGCCAGAAAUUGAAACAUGUAGUUCGUCUGCCAUUUGCCAUAAUGGCAUAUGGAACUGCAUGUAUGCUGCUUUUCAUGGUGUGGAGACCAUAUGUCAGUGUUCUUCCCAUUUUAACUGUGCAGAGGUUCAUCAUGUUUGUUGAAGCAAUUUCCGCUGCUUCUUUUAUGAUUGUAUUUGUUGGUUAUGUUCGCCAGUAUAACUCGGUGAACUCUCAGCCAGAUGUCUUAAAUUCAUUAUAUUCUCCCCUUCAACCAGCUGCUUUGGAAGGAUUGAGAUACCAUGAAGCUGGUCGCCUUUCUGAUCAGCAAAUGGCUCUACUUCAGUAUCAGCGCGAGAAUCUGCAUUAUCUCAGUGAAGAGAUUCUGCGUUUGCAGGAGUCCCUAAGCAAAUAUGAAGAGGCCAAUGGUAGUAGCACGCCUCAGGUUGAUCUGGCACAUCUUGUGGCGACCCGUGAUCAGGAACUACGAACACUUUCUGCUGAGGUGGAUCAACUCCAUUCUGAGCUUAAUCUCGCUCGAUCUCUGAUCUCUGAGAGAGAUGGAGAGAUACAGCUCGUCCGUAAUACCAAUAAUCAGUAUGUGGCAGAAAACGAGAGGUUAAGAGCCAUCCUGGGAGAAUGGAGUAUGCGAGCCGCAAAGCUUGAACGAGCCUUGGAGGUGGAGAGGGUAUCAAAUCUUGAACUGCGGAAGAAAGUUUCGGCUCUGAGAGAGCAGAGGCAGAUGCAAUGAAAAAAUAAAAAGUUGUGGGGUUUUAGCAUAUACAUCAUCUAACUAUACAUGAACUCAGAUGGUUUGUAGACGAAUAUUGUGACAUUAUUUUGUAAGAUCUUUCUUGAAAUAUUUGAUUAGAAUGAAACUC